CAAUAAAGCUGAGUCUUGAUCUGUGAGCCAGUAUGGGGGACUGGAACUUGUUGGGGAAGCUGCUGGAGAGUGCCCAGGAGCACUCCACAGUUGUGGGGAAAGUCUGGCUGACGGUGCUGUUCAUCUUCCGCAUCCUGGUGCUGGGAGCGGCCGCUGAGAAGGUGUGGGGCGAUGAGCAGUCCGGCUUCACCUGUGAUACCAAGCAGCCCGGUUGUCAGAACGUCUGCUAUGACAAGACCUUCCCCAUUUCUCACAUCCGUUUCUGGGUGAUGCAAAUCAUCUUUGUCUCCACGCCAACUCUCAUUUACCUGGGCCACAUCCUUCAUCUGGUCCGCAUGGAGGAAAAGGAGAAGCAGAAAGAGAAGGACCUCGCCAUCCAGAACGAAAAGCAGCAGCAGUUACUCGGCAACAAGAGCAAGAAGGCCUCAAUUAAAGACAACCAGGGCCAUGUGCGUUUGCAAGGCGCGUUGCUGCGGACCUAUGUCUUCAACAUUAUUUUCAAGACCCUGUUUGAAGUGGCCUUUAUUGUUGCUCAGUACUUCCUGUACGGCUUUGAGCUCAAGCCGAUGUACACCUGCGACCGCUGGCCUUGCCCUAACGUGGUGAACUGCUACAUCUCCCGACCCACUGAGAAGACAGUCUUCAUCCUCUUCAUGCUCGCUGUGGCCUGCAUCUCACUGCUGCUCAACCUGGUGGAAAUGUACCAUCUAGGUUUCACAAAGUGCCACCAGGGGCUCCGCUACAGACGAGCACAGGCUGCGAGUGAGGCCCCCAAGCACCUGGCUGAGGCGGUUAUGCCCUUUGUGCCGAGCUACAACUACUUUGCUGCUCACCCUGCAGUGCCUGAGCCUUUCCCUACAGACUCCAAGUACAGUAUGACCGAGCCAAACCCUGCUUACAGCCCCUACAACAGCAAGGUGGUUUACAAGCAGAACAGAGACAAUAUGGCCGUGGAGAGGAAAGGCAAAUCAGAGGGAGAUGACGCGCAGGAGAGGAAAACCUCCAGUCCUGUCUUUGAGAUGCCCGUUGGAAAUCAGCGCAGAAACAGUCAGUUGAGCAAGCACAGCAACAACAAGAGUAGGCUGGAUGACCUGAAGAUCUAAGGAACCUUCUGUGUUUCUAUCCAAGACUCAGGAACAACAUGCGUUAGCCUGUUAAAAUGAAUAUGGAAAACUUUUAGGGACAAAACUAUUGAGUGAGCACAGAACAGAUUAUAGCUGUGUUCAGUUUGCAAGGCAAGAUUUGAGAGCACACAGGGAGCGCUUUGUAAAUGAAGAACAAGUAUUGAGGCCAUUUUCGGGAACUUUUUGGCUCACAGGAAUUUUAUUGUGAAAAGUUAUUUACCCACAAGCAUUAAUAGGAGCUAUGUUCACAAAUCUGUCUCUGUGUUUUCUAAAGUGUUGACUUGCAGCUUAAUUAACUCUCAAAUUUGUUUUACACUCGCUCAAUAGUUGUGACAUUAAUUAACUUCCAUAUUUGUAGGUGAUGAAGAUGCAGAUUACUUGAGGAUUUUUCUGUUUACAAGCUAUUUACUUAAACUAAAACUGUGAGAUGCAUGGAAGUGAAAACUAAAGUAAAUACAUGUUUUUACAUUGUGUAAAUGUGUUAUAGACAUGAAUUUCUUACUGCUGCUUGAGUAUGUCAGAUGUUUGGACUCCAGCUUUUAUGUACAUACUGUACAUGUAUACAUAUAUACAUUACAGAAGAGCCACAUGAUGGAUUUUUCAAGUUUUUUCUUUUCAAGAGCAAGUCCAAUGAAAACUGGCUUUUAACAAUCCAAUAUUAGCAAUAAAUAUCAACAUGUUUAUUCAGCUUUUCUACAAAAGCAGAUAUCAUGACAUACACAAACAUCCAAUUAUCAUGCUUACUUAUUUGUGACUGUAAUUUGAUUAAACUGAUUUGCAGCAAAGGAGUGUUUUCUGAAAAUUCCUCUUUUAAUUCAGACAUCAGAUUUACUGCAGUCUUGAACCGGCUAAAAAUGACUUCCAGUUCUUCCUCUAGUGAUAUUUUUCUCUGCUCACAUGCAGUUGUUUUUUUUUUUCACAACUUAACCACUGCUGGAGGAAAGCUGAUGAUGGUGUGAUGUAAAUAAAAACUGCUGUCGUCAAAAUGCAUUAUUCAUCCAGCAGUUUCAGAGCAGAACUACUGCAUGUUGGUAUUCAUGUAAGCCUCUUACUAGAUAACUGCUGCUGAAGUAUUUAUCAAAGCAUUAAUUCAGUAAAUGUAAAUUUGAUAUGUAUUUAGAUUUCUAGUGUUUGGAUCCUGCAUGCUUUAAUCAGGACAGUUUGGUUUGUCACAGCAUUAUGAAUAUCUUAAUCAUCAUGGAUGUGGACUUCACCUCCAAUUCACUCCAUAUAUCAGACAUGAAAAAUCUGAUUAUUUUGAAUGCACACUGGUAACUACACCAGUAUGUAAUUGUUAACUAUCAACAUUAUUAACCACUAGAGGA